AUGUCGCUUUUCAGCAGGCAGCUGCCUGAGAUCCCGCAGGAGUUUCAAGUGAGUACAGACACCCGGUGGAGGCAGUUACUGACCCCAGAUAUACAAGUGAGUCGGCCAUCUGCCCACAUUUCUGAUCCCAGUUCAUACGAGGUCGAUCCCAAGUGGCAGCGCAAGUUUACGAUCAUCUGGUGCUCUGUCCUCGCCUUCACGACCGUCGCCUCGAUUCCCUGGGUCGUGCACGCCUGGCGCAAUGGGACGUUGUACAAGGGCCUCUCGAUCCGGGAGAGCCUGAAGGACCGCGCUCCAGAGCAGGUGGAGCGUGAUGCGCCCCCGCCGCGGAUCCGGCGUAACACUCUCGGAGCGAAGGUCGUUCGUCUCGGGCAGGCGAUCUGGCAGAGCGUGACCCUCUGGACCAUCCCGGCGCCCUCAGUUCUGUGGAAGCGCGCCGGCGACUGCUGCCGGCGAAGCUACCUAUCGCUGAGCGUUGGUCAGAUUGUCCUUAUCUGCGCAUAUAUUGCCGCCGUCAUUGCGUGCUUCACCGUCGGCGCCGAGCUGACCGACAACUCGAACCGACCUGGCUUCCUCGCUGUCGCCCAGCUCCCUGUCGUCUUCCUGUUCUCCAUGAAGAGCCCGAUGCCGCUGCCCGUGUUCCUCCCGUCGCUCUCGUAUGAGCACUACAACUUCAUCCACCGAUGGGCGGGCCGCACAACCUGGCUUGCGGCAACGGUGCACGGCGCGCUGUGGCUGAACCAGUUCAUCGAAGUCGACUCGCCCGAGCUACACAAGGCCAAGGUCAAGCGCGGCCUUAUCUCUUACGGCUUCCUGUGCAUGGUCGUCAUCACGAGCCUGAAGCCUGUGCGGCGCAAGUUCUACCAGCUCUUCUGGCUCAGCCACAUUGCGUUUGUGCUUGGCUUCUUCGUCGCCAUGUGCUACCACACGACCUAUGCCAUGCCAUGGGUCUAUGAUGCGACGAUCGUCCCCGUCGACGGCUCGACGACCCUGAUCCACAUCCCCGACUGCGACAAGGGCUGGCUGCCAACUCAGCACGUCAACAUCCGUGUUCUGCGCGGCGCUGGCGUCUUCGAGAGCCACCCGUUCACGAUCACGAAUGCGCAGCGGAACGAGCUCUCGUCCAGUCCUCGUGGCAUCGUGCUCUACGCCAAGGUCGCAGGUGAUUGGACGCGGCGGCUGCACGAGAUGGCCUCCGACCGGGGCCUCGAGUAUGGUGAUGACUAUGAGAAGCGCAUCGCCUUCCUGGCAGCUGAGGAGGACGGGUCGGCAUCUCUCCUCGAUCACCCGGGACGGCAUGUCUACGCCACAAUCGACGGACCGUACGGCGGCCUCAAGAUGGAUUUGGGCCGGUACGAGUCUGUCCUGACUGUCGCGGGUGGAAGCGGCGUCACCUUCCUGCUGGGCAGCAUCGAGUCUGCUCUAUGUGCGACGGAGGCGGGUCGCGGUCCUCGUGCGAUCCGAGCUGCAUGGGUCGUGCGCGAGCUGUCUCUCGUCGAGGCUCUGGCGCCGACACUAGUCCAUCUGCAUGAGAGUGCGGAACGUCUCUGUGUCGAAUUGCAGCUCAGCAUCUAUCUGUCGUCUCCGCCGAACCCCCUCCCUCAGCCCCAUGGACUGCCAAAGGGCGCGACUGUGUCGCCGUACCGCCCCGAGGUCGCGCAGCUGGUCCGCGAAGCUCUGCCCGUAGGCGAGAAGCAUGGCGGUUUGGCUGUCAUCGCUGCUGGUCCCGAGGGUCUUGUCUCCGAGGCGCGUAACGCCGUCGCAUCCCUCAGCGUCUCCCAGCGUGUCCGUGCCGGCGGCGUCGGCUUCCACGAUGAGGUGUACUGCCUGUAA